AUGUAUGGUGAUUCCCAUGCAUUAUCUUCUAUAUUUCCACCCAAUUUCAAGCAUAAAGAAGAGCAGCACCAAAUGGAAUCCGACUACUGCAACAACAACAGUUAUGGGCUGCUGAGAUUUAGGUCUGCUCCCACUUCUCUGCUCGAGAGUUUCACAGAGAAGACUGGGAAAUUGGGGGAUGAAAUGAAUGAGGCUGAGGCUGAAAACGGCGACGUUGAUGAUGGACAUGGCUGUGCUAAUAAUAAUAAUAAUAAUAAUAAUAGAUUUGCGAAUUCGCAACUUCCGCCGCAGUAUCCGAGGCAACGUGGAGCUCAAAUGGGAUACAGAGGUGUGGCCUUGAAUCAGGAAAUUAGAAGAAAAUUCGUCAACAUUUUAACCCAAAAAUAGGAAAAAAAGUGAUACGGGGUAGAGCAGUAAUU